AUGCUCGCCGUUCAUUCGUAUCGUCCCGAGGUUUUCACUUCGUUGCCCCAACUGCACCAUGCCUCGGAAAGGUUUGCCUCCCUCGAUGGCGAUGAAACUGUCGAAAAGGAGUUCAAAGACCUUUUCCGCCGCCAUGGCAUGGAGCACACAUUCGGCCUGACUAUGCUUCACCGUCACUUUGAUAUGGCCCCCAACGAGCGUCUUGUAGAAUACGGCGCGACCUCGACCCCGUGGGAGCUUGAGAGUGACAAAAACACCAUCAAGCCUCACUGCUGGGUUCUCGGCCAGGACGGCGUUAGCCCUUACGAAUUCCGCUACGACCCUCAGAACAACGCGACGGAACUUGAAAUUGAUUUCAACAGCCCCAAGAUCCAGGCUUUCGCUCAUGAAUUUAUCCAACUCGUGGACAAGAUCGGGGGAACCGGGCUUUUCGGCAUUUGCGCCCAUCCCGGUGCCCGACAGUUCACCAACCGUCUGGAGUUCACCGAGGGCAGGGCCAAUAUCACCAUACCCAUGGAGGAGGUUCCUGAGGACAUGAAGAGAAACAUGACUUCGGCUGCUUGGUACUUCCACAACGACCAGCUGGAGAGGUGCAGCUGCUCGACAGACAGCAGUGGUCGUCACUGCCACAGCUGA